AUGGGAAAUCAGGCAAGCACACACAAUCCCGAAUUGAUUGAUACCAGUCUCGAAGAUUGGUAUGGCGGCGGGGGUGGAGGACGAGGAGGUUCUUCCAAGUCUCGUCGUCACUAUGAUGGCGAUGACGACUGGGCGCCUUCUUCCAGGGCUCCACGAUCCCCAAAGACUCCGACUGCACUGAGAUCACCCAAGACAUCCAUGUAUGACGAAGAUGUCCGGGAUCCAAUUGCAUCGGCCAAGCCUUCGAAUAUCUUUCGCCCCAAUUUGGAACCAUUGGUCCAGGCGACUGCAGCCGUCUUUCACAUGACUUCUAUGGACCAGAAUGAAGAGAACGCUGAUUGGAGUCUGCCAGCACGAGGUGCCGACCCGGAUGAUGUAUCUGUCUCGGACCGAUCGGCUGCCGUCUUUGAACAUUUGGAACAACAAGCACGAAAGGGAAAUCACAAGCCAUUUGUCAAGCUCUUGGAAACAGCUACUGUUGUCUCUCAGCUUUUAAUGGGAUCCCAUUCAGAAGCUUCCGAAGAAGUCGAGCGGCCUCCUGUUCAAUCUGCCUCUUCCGAUAGCAGUGACGAAGAUAGUGAUGAUGACAGCGAUGACGACGACAGCAGUGCCGAAGGCAGUGUAACUUCCGAACAGUCCGCAGUAGGAGCCGUAGGAGACAACAUCUUCAAUCGAUUGGGCAGUACUGAUAUCAUCGACCUAGAAAGUGCGAAUGCGGGAGAUGUCUUUGAUCUUCUUGACAGGGUCAGUGUUGAUGGAAACGAUGUCAAGGAUUUUUCCUCUGCCGUCUUUGGCAUGCUUGAAGACGCCAAGUCCUUUUCCAAUCAACCCCCGGAGGAACGCAAAGUCAAUAUCUUCCGCAUGCUCGAAGAAAAUGACAUGCUAAGUCCCCGUGAAACAGAAUCGGAAAUGCGGGACGAUAUACCUCAAGACCGGGAGGCUGUAGAGGGCCGCGAAGAAAGUCCUGAAAUGACUGACAAAGAAGAUGGUAUCAGCGUUUUGGAAACCCCAGAUGUCGACACCGUAGAUGGCAAGCGUAGUGUCCAAAUCAAGAACAUGGAAGGCGAUCCAAUUGAUCUAGCCUUUGUCCAAGACUUUGAUGAAGCCUUUAAUGAAUUCAUGGGACACCAUCCCAAGUUUCUCUUGAAGAGUCCAGAAUUGGUCCACAAUAUCCGCAUUACCAAACUACAAAAGCUUUUAGCCUUUAUGAAUGCCAAAGAGAAGAGCACCGCCGCUGAGCUGGGCGAACUUGACGGGAAGAAGAAGAAAAUGGAGGAUGAAUAUCAUUUGCGCUUGCGAAAAGCUGCUACGGCCAAGGCAGCCAGACAAAUUUACUUUCAAUCCGAGUUGGAGAAGGUUGCUCAUGUUUCCAAUACCCUUGAGGCAAAGUUCAAGUGGGCAGUCGUGUCGUCCGCCGAGGCUCGUACAAAGAAGCACCACAUGAUGCGUCAAGAUUUUGCCGCAGAGAAGCCAGAUGAGUGUCGAGACCAACUUCUCGAACGGCUUCCAAAGGAUGUUCCCGGUCAGAGUAUUCUGGCUGUCAUUCGUGACGAUGGCAUUCCUUCUACCAUGACAGCUGCCGAAAAGGGCCUUGAAAUCAGAAAGCUACAAAUGAAGAUUGCCUUUUUGGCCAGCGAGGUGAAGAUAUGGCAAUCGAAACUCGAAGUGAUGGAGGAAGAAAAGAAAAAGGUCGCUUGGGUCGAAAACAUUUUGCAACAGCUCACUUCGAAGCAAUUGGCUCGACUUCGGGGACGGCACCAGAGAAAGACUGGCAUCCAAUUGGCCUAA